AUGGCAUACGUUGUGCCAAUCAUUAACGUUGUAGCGGAUGCCUUUUGUGUCCUUUAUCCCGUGGAGUUGAUCUUCAAGAAGAAGUGUCGUGGACUCUUUGAAGCACACUUCGAAGUACUAGAUUUUUUUUAUCGGGCAUUCAUAGCCCGUGGACGAGUUCAUCAAAGAGAAAGCUCGGAUAGGACUGCUCUCCUCUUCGACAGCUCUUAA